AACACAAUCUCGCCGCUCAGCCAGACGCUCAGAGGUGAUCAUUUCUUAUCAAAGCAGCCUUCAACCUGUUAGACUGACUUUAACGGAGCAAAACGAAACUUGGAGAGGUGGUUUAGCCUAUUUAAAACCACAAAAAGGUCAAUUACUGCGGAUUGAAGAGGAAGUUGAGGGUAUGUAAUGGGUUAACGUCAGAAGGCCUCGCAUUACCUUUACUGCGCGUCACCCGGCUCCGUAAAGUGGUCUCACCAUCCCAGCAUCCAAACCAAAGGGGGAAAUCGCGGCCAGAAGCGCAUCCUCGCCUCGGUCGGUCUCACAUCAUCCUGUCGGUCUCCGCCCUGCAGCUCCGUCAUCUCACAUCCACAAGACAGAGGGAACUGAAAGGAAUAAGUGAUUUACCGGAACCAUGAAGGACCGCAUGCAAGAACUUAAACAUGGGAAGGAGACAGCAGAGGAGGAGGAUGAAGUUGCUGUAGGGAUGGAGAAAGGCUUCAUGGACGAAUUCUUUGAACAGGUGGAGGAGAUCCGGGGUUUUAUUGAGUCUCUGGCAGAGAAAGUUGAGGAGGUGAAGAGGAAGCACAGCGCCAUCCUCGCCUCACCUAACCCUGACGAGAAAACUAAGGGUGAGCUGGAGGACCUUAUGGCAGACAUCAAGAAGUUGGCCAACAAAGUGCGCUCCAAAUUAAAGAGUAUCCAACAAACCAUUGAGCAAGAAGAAGGCCAGAACAGGUCAUCAGCUGACCUGAGGAUACGCAAGACACAGCACUCCACACUGUCCCGUAAGUUUGUUGAGGUGAUGUCAGAAUACAACACCACCCAGUCGGACUACAGGGAGCGCUGCAAGGGACGCAUUCAGAGACAGCUGGAGAUCACUGGGAGAAACACAACAAAUGAGGAGCUGGAGAGCAUGUUGGAGAGUGACAACCCAGCUAUUUUUACCUCGGGGAUUAUAAUGGACAACAUCACAGAGCAAGCUAUGAAUGAGAUCGAGACACGGCACACAGAGAUUAUCAAGCUGGAAAACAGCAUCAGAGAGCUUCACGACAUGUUCAUGGACAUGGCCAUGCUGGUGGAGAGCCAGGGUGAACUGGUGAACAACAUUGAGCGGAGGGUGCUGGAGGCUCAGGAAUAUGUGGAGCAGGCAAAGGAGAACAUCCCAAAAUGCAAAAAGUUUAAAAAGACCAGCAGACGGAAGAUGUUCCUGAUAGGAGGUUGUAUUGCAGUAUGUCUGACCGUCCUCGUUAUUUCCCUCGCAGUGGGACUCAGUUAGGACCCUAACAAAUCCCUACAGAGAAGGAGGGGAUGCCUCUGUCCCAGUCAGCAGUUAAAAUGUACUGUAACUGCUCGUGAAGUAGGGAGCCUUUUAAAUGAUUAUUUUUUAUGCCUUUUCUAAACUAAACAGUCAAAAACAUUGAGGAACUAACUUGUGUUCUGUGUCUGUAUCAUGAUUCACAUACCUUUGUCAUGUGCAUGUUCUACAGUCUGUUGAAGAGCUAUGCAUGUUUUUUAGUAGCACAAAGCUGCAGAUAUGUGGUUAUGUCCAUUUAUAAUCAAAAUAAACGUGUUGACUUAGAUUUUUCAAAAACGAAAAGAAUUUUCAAAGCACACAUAGCUCAGCUAUAUAAGUUUGUGAACCGUCAGCCUCUCACAUACUUGUAGAUGUAUCUUAUAUUGAGAACCCUGAUGAUGUUUUGUUUUUUUUUGAGUCCAUGAUCACUGUUUUGCCUUGUUUGUAGCAUUAAAGGAAUACUUUGACAAUUUGGGAAGUAAACGUAUUCGCUUUCUUUCCAAGAGUUAGAUAAGAGGAUCGAUUAAAAAAAACAUUAAGUUGUGGUUUUAUAGUGGUUAUGUGAUGGACCAUCCAUUGGCCUUGUGCAGUGAGUUUUUUGAAUCUCCAGUCCAGCACAUAAAACCCAUGGAUGUAAUAUAAAAACUGGAUACUGCACUCCAAGAUCCCUCCCGCAGCCCUCACAGUUGAAUGAAGAUUGCUCAUGAAGUCUCCUAGCUUCCAGGUUUGCUCCUGCAUUGUGCGGCCCACUGCACAGACUCAUUAGUGUUUAGUCGUCGUUUGUAUAAUUCAGUUUUUUUACAGAUCAAACUAAAUAUAAAGUGUUAAUUGAUGAGCCUUAGAGGUGUUGGUAAGCAAAUUUUGUUAACUUUGGACAUAUCUAAGCUAAACAGCUUCUUAUUUACCAUGCAAGAGUGUGGUAUCGAUCCUCUCAUCUAUCGGCUGAAAGCAAAAAAAGUAUUGAAGCUGUUUUUUAAAAAAUUGAUAGAGACUGCAGAUUCCAUAGAUUUUAAGAAGACACUACAGAUUUUUUCAUGCACUGGUCAAUUUUGAGAUUUGGGGUUUCUUUGCUUCCAUAACAUAGCAUUAGAUAAUGCUUUGUUUGUGUAUUUAAACAUAACAUUUCAGAAAACCUGUCAUACAAAAAAAUUAUUGUCUUAAAGAUAUGUAUAAAGAUCCAUUGUGUACGGCAAUACAGGUGAAAAGGGUAAAAAAAAACAAAUGGAUAUCACCAUGAAACUUGUUGACCAACUUGUCAGCCACUAGUUGAUUACAAUAUUAAAGGCAGUUUUCUCAAAAUAAGUUCUUUCUCAUACUUCCAGAAAUCUCCACAAAUGUUCCAGUUUUAUUCCCAUCUAUAUUCUGAGGUUUUUACAGAGGGGAUUGUUCAUAGAUAAUUUGUAACCAGAUUUAUUUAACAUUUUAUUUCUAAAAACAUGACAGAAAUUGAUUUUUAUGGCUGACAGUAUUUUCUGAUUUAUGAAGUGAUAAAUAGAAAUUUCCUCUUUA